GACCCAUGCCCCAGUGCAGGAGGUGGUGCCAGGCCCAUAUGGGAGGGGAGACUCUACUAUCAGGACUCUCUUGCAGAUCUCCUGUCUUCCAUAACAAGAAGCAGAGCUCCCACCAUGGAGACCAAUGUGCUCAUAGCUCUGGCAGUAGUCGGUGUGACCGUUCUGGUAGUCCUUAUAAGAUCUUUGGGUUCUCAGCAGAAAAAGGGUCCGGUUACUCUUCUAGAUUCUAACACAAAGUAUCCUCUGCCUCUUAUUGAAAAACAGGAAAUCAGCCAUGACACUAAGAAAUUCAGAUUUGGCCUUCCGUCAUCGGAGCACAUCUUGGGGCUUCCUAUAGGGCAACAUGUUUACCUCUCAGCAAAAGUGAAUGGCAGUUUGGUGGUUCGGGCGUACACCCCAGUGUCUAGUGAUGAAGUGAAGGGUUAUGUUGACCUUGUUGUAAAGGUUUACUACAAAAAUGUUACUACUAAAUUCCCAGAUGGAGGAAAAAUGUCACAGUAUUUGGACAGCUUGAAGAUUGGGGACACUGUUGAUUUUCGGGGUCCGAAUGGUCUUCUGGUCUACAAAGGAAAGGGUAAAUUUGCCAUCAGACCAGACAAAAAAUCUGAACCUCAGUCCAAGUCCACAAAGCACCUUGCGAUGCUUGCAGGGGGGACUGGCAUUACUCCAAUGCUGCAGCUGAUCCGUCACAUUACCCAAGACCCAAAUGAUGACACUAAAUGUUACCUCAUCUUUGCUAAUCAGACUGAAGAUGACAUUUUACUCCGAUCAGAACUGGAAUCUGUAGCCAAGAAUCAUCCAGAUCAGUUUAAGCUUUACUACACUCUGGACCGUCCACCUCAAGGUUGGAAGUACGGCACUGGCUUUGUCACUGCUGACAUGAUCAAGAAGCACCUGCCAUCACCUUCCGAAAACCCACUAGUGCUCAUGUGUGGCCCUCCACCUAUGAUCCAGUUUGCAUGUCAAGACAACCUGACUAAGCUUGCCUACCCGGAAGACAGGAGAUUUGCCUACUAAGACUGAGGGAGGGACACGAAUCUUCAUAUCAAGCCAUGAAAGUUAGGAAAGAACUUAUGGAAAGUCACAUGACUGAUGUAUUUACAGUGAGUCCCUCUAUGUGUAUUCUACCUCCUCCUGGUCCACUACCAUACUACUCAGCAGGUGGCACCAUUCCUACCAGACUGACCCUCAACACUUUUGUGGUUCUCAUCCACCAAUAAAAGGGUGCAUAUCCCUGAAAUAUUUUUUAAUGAUAUCAUAUGGCCAUUAUAUAAGAACCCAUUGACCAUCUUAAAAACAAGGAAACAUUCCAAGACUCUAAAUUCACCUUAAUAAUCUUUUGACAUUUCCCAUAUGUUGGUGUUGGCUGUGAUCAUGCAUUUCCAAAAUGUCAGAACCCCUGAGGUAUUGGCUACACUGGCUAUCUCUCCCUUCACACAAGCGCACCUAGCUCAGCCGAGUGUGCAGAGAAAGCUGCUGCUAGACUGUUUGGCCGACCAUAGUCCCAGAGAAUCCCAAUACUUUUCUGAAAGGCUUUUUUGAAAGAAUGUUUGAUGUAUUUUAGUAAGGUCAGUGGGAUGUGAUAUUUUUACUACUCUCUAUACUUUUUUUACAGACUGUAAAUACAUUUACUAACAUUUAUUAACUGUUUUUAUAAAUGUCGGCAAUGGUCUCCAUCCUUUACCUCUCCAGGAUGCUAGGAGUUGGAGUCUGGUGUUAUUCUCCAGUGGUCACAAAAAUACAUUAUGGGGGAUAUUUAUCAAAGGAUUUAGACAAACCAGUCUAAAUUUGUCGCACAGAAAGUCACAGUCCAAAUAUGUGCGCGACUUUUGCUCUAGAGGAUUUUUAGAACAUGAUGCAUUCUAGUCUAUUUUAGACGGAAAUGCAUUGAAAAAUGCAUUGGUGCUGAAUUUAUCAAAAGCGACUUUUCAGCGACAAGUCGCAUAGGCUGAAAGUACGCCGAAAUGUCAGACCAUGUUGGAGCCGGUUUAAAUACAGUCUAAAGCAUAGAUCAUGAAGUCUGUGCGCAGAAUUUAUCAAGAACCGUGCACCAUUUGAUAAAUUAGGAGCACAAUAGACCGGCCUAACCCUCUGUAGUUUGGUCUAUAUUGAUGCGGGACAUAGACAACUUUGAUAAAUAUCCCCCUAUGAGUUUUCUUCUACAGUCAUACAUUGUCCUUUUGUGCCAUAUUUAAUAUACAAUUGUGUGUAAUUGUCAACCCCAUUAUUGUGGCAAAACAUUUUUUUAUUUUUAUAUUUUGCUUAGGAUGGGUUUAUGCUGCGUUUUGUUGUUUAUUAAUACAUUUCAUACACUUGAAAAGGGAAAAACCUAUACAUUAAAGGGGUACUCCGCAUUGCCCGUCAUUACGUGCAGAGUGAUCUCGCUCUGCGCAGUAAUGACAGCGGGGUGCUGCAGCAGCGAUCCCCGGGGUCCCCAGCAGCGGGACCCCGGCAAUCUGACAUCUUAUCCCCUAUCCUUUGGAUAGGGGAUAAGAUGUCUAGGGGUGGAGUACCCCUUUAAGGCAGUAUUUCUGAACAAGUGUGUGUCUUCAGCUGUUGCAAAACUACAACUCCCAGUAUGCCCAGACAGCCAAAGGCUGUCCGGCAUGCUGGGUGUUGUAGUCUUUGCAACAACUGGAGGCACACUGGCUGGCAAACACUGCGUUAAGAGAUGCUAAAACUGCCUCCAUUGACUUACAUAAAAAACACAGAUUGUAAUGUGUUUUGUUUUCUUAAUGUAGUUGACUAUGUUUUUACAUAUAGAAAAAUGUAAUGUUCUGUAACGAAAACAGUAAAACGGAGACAAAACCACAGUGUGAACCUAGCCUUGGAGAUAUUUGUGAUACACUGAACUACAAUCUAUUAAGCUGUGAAUAGUCAAAUAAGGACCAACUCAGGAUUAUUGUUUCCUUGUAAGAUUUUACAGGUUCUCCGUAUACGUUUGAAAAUGUAACGUUUUGUACAAUUUUUUGUAAAAAGAUGGCCCGUUAACAUCGGAAAUAAUUUAGAUAAUUAAACUUUACCUUUAACAAAAAACUGAAUGUGUAUGGUAAAACUUGUAGGAUGCAUAAAAUGGGAGCAUAGUGAAUGCAUGACCCCAGUGCUUUCCUAUGGAAGAAAAGUUGCAAGCACACUUGAAGUGAAUUUGUCCGGCUGCCUUUAAGAGCACACAGUUUAGGGAUCAUGGGUGAGGAUACUAAAAAAUAGGUACAAAAGUGGAGACUGUCAAGUGAAUGCUAUGAGCACUAUGCAUUGAUCUUUUAUGCAUUGAUAUCUUUUAUUUCCUGUUUUCACCAUUGUCUUAUAAUAGGGUUAUCAGACAUCCAUCUUUAAAUACCUUCUCUGUCAACUGCAGAUGGUGUAGUUUAAAAAGUACCUGUCACUAAAUAAACUGUUCUGAACUAAUGCAGGCUAUGCUCCCUAACUACUCCUAACACUCCUCCCACCC